AGACCCCUUUCACUUUUUCCACUUCAGCAUACUUUAUUUCUGCUCCUCCUCUUCAUCCUCCUCCCUGCCUGUCCUCGGUACCCCUCGGUUGUCUGUUCUCUUGAAGCGGGUUCAGGAAAGUGUUGAGGGGGCGGAUUGACUUAAUUUUCUUCACAUCUCGCUUAGCCAAUAACUGUUGUGCACAUCUCAGCUGGCAGACAUUUAAAAGGGAGACAGUCCGGCGCUGAAGCAAUUUGUAUUAAACCCCCACGUUGGCCCCCGUCUAUGGAGCGCGUUGUCUCCCAGUUAUCCAGAGUGCCAUCAGAGUCCAGUCGACCGCUGUAGGUGCAAGAAAGGCGAAAGGCUCACAGGAUCGCAUCAUUCCUCUUGAAGAAUUUGGAGAAUCGCCUAGGGAUGGCCGUCUCAGCGCACACUCUGUGCAGUAUGGUUUUCAUCAUCGGACUGCUGUCAUCUCCCGCGGAUUCAAAAAGAAACCGAGCCUCGCAAGGGGCCAUUCCUCAUCCUGACAAAAAUAACCCAAACGAAUCGGAGCAGCAACCGCAGCCCCCACAGUCGGGAUCCAGGUCCCGUCAGAGGCCGGGCUCAACCUCACCAGCCGACGAGGUGCUGGAGUCCAGCCAGGAGGCUCUGCAUGUGACGGAGCGCCAGUAUUUGAAACGGGACUGGUGCAAAACGCAGCCUCUCAAGCAGACGAUCCAUGAGGAGGGCUGUGUCAGCCGCACCAUCAUCAACCGCUUCUGCUACGGACAGUGCAAUUCCUUCUACAUACCCAGGCACAUCCGCAGGGAGGAGGGCGCCUUCCAGUCCUGCUCGUUUUGCAAACCAAAGCGGUUCACCACCAUGACUUUUACCUUGAACUGUCCGGACCAGCAGCCUCCCACCAAGAAGAAGCGCAUCCAGCGCGUCAAGCAGUGCCGCUGUAUCUCCAUAGACCUGGACUGAACACGCUGCAACAAUCCGCAGACGGUGUUGGUAGAGAAAACGAGCGCCUGUCUCCAUCUGGAGAUGUACACGGACGUUUUGUAAUAUUCUCCUCUUGCACAACCAAAAAAAGACAGAAAAAAAACUGACAUACAACAUUGAGCAGUGACGUUUUACUUCUUGUUAAUUUCAAAAACCCUACUGCACGGAAACGCUAACUCCAAACGGGCACAGUUUACUUUUAUUUUUUUUCCUGCGCACGGCUUCCUUACUUUACCAAAAGCAGCAGCAAUGAGACAGGACUCCAAAAAUCAUGUUGCAACUUUCAAAUCACUGUUUUCUCCUCAAACCAAUCCUGUAUUUAACGCAUAGUGUUUGUAGAACUGGAUGUAUCCACUGUGUGGAGUUUGAAGAAUGGAUAUUUGUAAUGAAAAAUGAAAAUGUGAUAAUUUUUUAUUUCGACAUUUCAAGAAUCUUUUGAGGUUAACCAAACUGAUUUCUGUGAAUUUCGAAGCUUUACUGGUAAAAUAUUUCAUUUUUAUAUCUGGAGUCUAUUUAAAAAGUCUUCAAAGUAAAGCAGACUCAUUUUUAUAAAAAACAGUAUUUGGUUAGUAUUGAGACUAAAUAGUUUUAAAUGUAGAUGUAAAGUCGUUUUGUUUUAAUCUGUUUGUUUAUUCCAUUUGAUUAAAUUAUCUAUUAAAACUAAAUAAACAAAUGCUGUUCUA